AUGCCUGACCCGCUCGCAGCACGGCUCGUCCUCUCGCUCUGCCCCUUCAGCCUUGCCGUCGAUCUGUGCAGCGCCCUCUUAAGGUACUCGCAGUCCAAGCUCGCAGGGAUGUCGAGCGCCCUAGUCCCGCAGCCGGCGUCGUCGUCGGACACGUCCACCGAGCCCGAUGACCGCACGGUCUGCACGAUCCGCACCAAUUCCGACAACGGCAGCCUCGAGGUGAUGCUCACAUCUCGUGGCAGGGACGUGUUCAUGGACCUGCACCGCCGCGAACCGGGACUGGGCGAGGUGCUCUACGAAGCCUUCUCGACCGUCCUGAACGGGUGCGAAAUUGAGUCCGUCGCGCCAAUGCAAGUACGCAUCGACAGGCUGGACCGAGAGGACCGCACCACGGCAACGCUGCUGCGGAACCUGCUCGAGAAGAUGGACGACUACCGACGCUGCUUCAGCAAGAUUCUCGACCUCGCCGAAAGGACGGUGCACCGCCAGUCCCUUCACGACGCUUCUGUCAAGCACGACGCCUGA